AUGGACGCAUUGCAGAUGUCACUCUGGGUGGAACCGUUCUAUAUAUAUAUAUAUGUAUUUAUGUAUGCACACAUACACGCACCAUUUCUUUCUCUUUAUCUCUACAAAUUUUUUUUUUCUUUUUGCAUUGAUAUGCAUCUUAUUGAAAUUUACUUAAAAGAGGAAAGAGAAAGAAAAAGAGGAAGAAAAAGAAAAAAAGAAAAAAAGAGAGAGAGAAGCUGCAACCAUUUUUUCUGGCCGUUGGCAAAUUGCAGGGUCGUUUUGUUUUCUGUGCAUGGUGGAAGCCGCUGUAACCAUUUGGUCAUAAACCGUCUACACGCAUAUAUAUAUAUAUAUACGCUGAAAGUGAGAGAGAGAGAGAGAGAGAGAAGCGUGGGGAUGAAAUCAUUUUUCUCGCGUGUCGUGAAUUCAUGGAAGAGACAACGGCUUCCGCGGUCAGAUGUUGACUGCUCGGAUUUUGUGCGCGUGCGUCCCGAUGCCCCAGGCGUUGCUCGAUUACGUCAAAUCGUACAAGAACGACGUUUUGGCGCCGAAAACGGAGGUGCACCAUCACCAGCUGCCAACUCUUCGGAGGCGCUGCAUCGAGAAGCGAGUGUGCGGAGUACCGUCUUUGAUCUGCGGUACCGCUGUGGAGGAGCUGGCCGUUGUGUUGAAAACGACUACCGCUGUCGUUUCCCAUGCUGCUUUGCGAUGCGGCCUGUGACAAAAGGGGCGGAGGUGCUCGCCGAGCGCCUUGCGUAUGAGGUGGACGACGCGCCAACACCACAGAUUAGGGCGUUGGUGCAGAUGGCGCGGGAUGAGAAGCUUGACGCCGUUAUUCAGGGCAUUCAGGCGCUUGUCAACGCGCAGAUACGCGAGGUAGCUGGCGGCCGUGAGCUGCUGGCAGCGCUGCAGCCAAGUCAAAGGGAGCAGCAGGAACAGCAGUUGGGGGUCGAUGACUUCAACCCUGCCGCCCCAAAGUACGGCUGCGGGAGUGUGGCGGAGGGCGUGAACCCGCUUCUUGAGGAUGCGUCCUUGCGUAGGGAGGUCAUGGCGUUGUAUCUGUGGCGCGCGGCGUUACUUGUAAACGUGCGGGAAGACGAGCGGGCAGUGAGUUCUCUCCUCAAUCUAGCGGCGUUGGUACCACAGGAAGAUCGGGAACGUCUUUACACGUCUGCUGCCGCAUGGGCUGCGCUGAAUGACAUGGAGAUUGUGUACUACCGCUCUCUUUUGCAGCAAUACGAGGCAUUUCCUGAGGCAAUGACAUUUGCGCAUGACCGUCCAUUGUUGUUGAAACGUGUUUUUGAGGCGUGUGGGGAGACUGCGUACUUUUUGGAGUGCGCAACGCAAGUUGUUUUCUCCAAAGAAGUCACAGCGACCGUUUCACGUGCUCAGGGGGCGCAGAUGUACGGUGACUUUACGGAGGAUCCAAUGAAAAGUUUAUGCAUUCCUCUUUCUCUGCAGUAUUAUCGAUUUUGUGUCAGUGAUGCCUUUUGGGAGCAUUUUAUGCGUCUUCUCUGCAUGCCGCCGAUUCCUGCCCCUAACACCCCUGAAGAACGCGCCCGCGACCCCGUAGAGCAGCUGGGACUCACACCAAACUACAUGCUGGAUGCCAUUGGUCGCUCCAUGAUGUUGCAUCACCUUGUCAUGCUGCAUGAAGCCCGUGAGCGCGACAUUGCCAGUGGCGCCAUUGUGGAUGUCGUGAAGCAAAAAAAAGCUCAAGGGGGCGAGGGCAGCGUCGUGCAUCCGUUGCACUAUGAACAUGUGCUCAAAGAUCGUGAACGUGGUAUUGCUAUCACCCGAUUGCGUGAGUUGUUGUUUCUUGCGCGUUCCUAUAGGAAUCCACAGAGGCCGUUGGACGGUGACGACAGCGACGGAGUAGGUGAAAAGGGACACAUAGCACCCAAAACGGAUUCUGCUGCUGCUGCUGCUGCUGUGACUGACAAUAGGCCGAUCCUAUAG